AUGGCGUCCCCCGCUAUCGAGAAAUCGCCGUCGAUCAGGUCCGACGACUUUUGGAGUAUUUUGUGCUUGAAUUUCUCCCACAAUGCUACCGUGAUGGAUGUGUUCUCUAUCGGGGCACCGUCGCCGAGCCCCAAGAAAAACAGAAGUCGGCAGUCCGGCACGCCCUGGACUCGCUCGGGAUGUUUGACCUGCAAGAAGCGGCGGAAAGGCUGCGACAAGGCCAAACCGAGUUGCAAAAAUUGUAUCAACAUAGGCCGUACAUGUGAGGGCUACGGGUCUAUGUGGGUAGAGCCGCUGAGCCCUUCGGCUCAAGUUUUCCAGCCGGCGGGAGAGUUGAAGCGGCGACGGCUCAGUGCGACACAUUUGUCUCAGACGGUAUCUCCGCUGUCCAGUGGGGAAAUAUGGCCAGAGACUCAGCCUUCGCCGGGGUGGUCAAUCGUACCUUCACCAAGCUCCAAAGAAGCCGAGAUAGGAACACGUUCAAUUAAGGUGGCUGAUGAACCUGAAUACUGCCAAGCAAUCCACCCGGAGGAACCCAUGGCGGUGGUUCCACGGCUGCGCGGGUCUAUCAGUCACCUCUCAAAACACGAGACACACUAUCUGCAAUACCACAUGGAGCAGGGCUCACGCCUGCUAGCCAAUCUCGAGAGUGCCGACAACCCGCUGCGAUCUUUCUUGAUUCCUCGAGCAAUGGUAUCGCCUCUCCUCAUGAAAGCCGUGUGCGCGGUCUCUGCCCUCCAUCUUGCGAACCGCUCUCACGGCCUGGACGCCCACACUGCAGCCGCGAGCUACUAUGGCCGCACGCUUACGGGGCUGCAAACUGCCUUGAUUGAAUGCCGUACGGAUUGGUUUCCCGACGACGCCAUGCUAGCCGUGGGCUUGCUGUGUAAAUACGAGAUCGUGCGUGGCAGUGUCACGCAGUGGGGCGUCCACCUUCAGGCAUUGCAGCGCCUGAUCGUUUCCCGUGGUGGUUUUGGUGCAAUGGAUCGGGAAACCGGCGACUUUUUGCGCGGACUCUUCGUGUAUGCUUAUCACAUGGCCCAAAUCUCGAAUCGCAAGUUCAUCGCUUCACCCGAUGUCUCUGUCUUCGACAAUGACAUCGGCAACCCCAGACUGGAUAUUUAUAUUGGGUAUACCGAGCAUAUCCUGAAACUCUGCGCGCGCAUUGCAGAGCUGCCUUCAAUGGUAGACGACAGCAUCGCUCUACGGUUGUUGGUUGCAUCCAUUAACGAAUCUCUUCUCACUUGGUCCCACACCACAACCCGCUACACCAUCCCACACCAAAUGACCAAAGCAACCCUGACCCGUCUCCAGCUCGUCGCCGAGUGUUUCCGCGAGGCCGCAUUUAUCUACUUACACUCGAUCCUCGAGCGCAUGUACCCGAAUCACAGUCUCGCCGACAAUACUGUAGAUUCUUCUCUCGAAAAUACUGUUCAUCCUGCAUUUACGUACAUAUCUCUCAUCUCCACCCCCAAAUCCACCGCCGUCCACCGCUGCCUCGCCCGUGUGGAAUCGUUCCAUCUGGACGGCCACUGCGAAUACUCGGCGCUCACAUUCCCGCUGUUCAUUGCCGGCUGCGAAAGCGAUUCGGCUGCGCAGAGGGAUCUUGUGGCGCGCUCGUUGGAUACGUUGCACAGGAAUUUUGGGAUCGGGAAUGUCCGGCGCGCAAAGGAAGUGCUGGGAAUUUUGUGGUCGAGGAACGAAGUGCACGCUGGCGCUGAGUCCGGUACUGUCCAAGGCGCAGUGCAUUGGCUGGAUGUCUUGGAUGAGCUGGGGUGGGAGCUGAAUUUGGCAUAG